GUUUCGCUGCUUCAUGCCCGGAAGCCUCCUUCUGGAAAUUCUCUGUCCUCCUCCAUCAUGCCGACAAGCUUCACUCUGCUGUGGCUGACUCGGCACCCCUGCUCGGAUAGACUUUCGAGGUCGGCCUCUUUUUGUCAUACCUGCAGGCCACGCCUUCCACGAGGCCGACAUUGUCCGCAAGGCUCGUCUUCUGUCCUCCUCAUCAAGGUUUCGGCGCUUGUGCCACGGUGACAUCGCCUCGGCCGUUCUCUGGGCGGUGCCUCCAGCCUGGC